AUGGAUGAAGACGCCUCACCGGCCGAGCCGGAGUACGGCUGCGACAAAGAAUGGCUCGGAGCUAUCCGAGUGUACAUCGCCGAUGGAGAGGUGCCAACUGACAAAUGGGAAGCCCGCAAACUAAAAGCUCAGGCCGCACGGUAUGUCCUCGUCGAUGGCGAGGUGUUUAAAUGGAGAUUUUCAGGGCCUCUCAUGACAUAUGUCGAAGGACCGGAGGCAAGAAAGAUCAUGCACGAGGUGCACAGCGGCGCGUGCGGGAACCACUCCAGCGGAAGGUCUCUCGCUAUCAAGAUAAAACGGCACGGCUAUUUCUGGCCCACGAUGGUCAAGGACUGCGAGAAAUUUACGGCGAAGUGCGAGAAAUUCACCGACAACGGAUCCCAGUUGAUCUCAACACGCUUUGAAGCCUUCUGCGAAAAGUGGAAAAUCCGCCUCAGCAAAUCUACGCCAAGAUACCCUCAAGGGAACGGACAAGCCGAAGCAGCCAAUAAGGCGAUCCUCGACGGUCUGAAAAAGAGGCUCGACGCCAAGAAGGGACGGUGGGCAGACGAACUCGAAGGAGUCCUUUGGUCUCAUCGGACAACUCCGCGCCGAGCCACCGGGGAAACUCAUUCGCUUUGGUUUACGGAUCGGAGUGCGUAA